AUGAAUUUUCUGUCGAGUUUUUACAAGUUCGUCCUUGGCUUGCUAUUCCUUGCUAAAUUCGUCUUCACAAAGAAUUAUGGCAUCGUGGAAAUCACCUCACAAAAUUAUCAGGAUAUGGUGAUCGACGGAGAAAAAGAUGCUUGGAUUGUGGCGGUGAAAGGGGCUGGCAAAAUAUCACGUGCUGAAUGGCAAGACUUGGAAGUAAAUCUUCGAGGAUUAUUUGUAAGAGUAGGAAUUAUUGAUCCUGAAGAAGAUGGAGCUUUCAUGAAGAAAAAGGUACAGCCAUUAUUUAAAUUUCCUUGCAAAUACUUUUAGUUGAAGUUUUCUGUAUAGCAGCUUUCCUUAUUGCUUUGCAGCAUUUAUGAAUUUGAAAAACGUUUUCUGCGUUCUCUAGAGACUUAUUAACAACAGGUUCAUAAUCUCUCACUAUGAUUCCAUUCUGGUUCUCAGAGCCCCACGUUUCUUUUGAUCACGUGGUUUUUGAAACCAUCCACUUGUUCGUUGUGCUACGAUUUUGAUUUUUCGCUCGUGCGCACUGAAGAUAUCUAAUUUUGUCUCUUUCGUCUUUUCCGUAUAUUUUCUCGAGGUUUAUGAAUUGUUUUUUGCUUUCCUCCUAAAUAAGCAAAGGGAGACCGUAAACUGCCGUCUCUUUUUCACAGCCUCAUUAAUCCUUGUUCAGCUGAAGAAAGGACCGCGGCCCUUGGGAACGAGUUUGCUUGAGGGGUUGCGCGUGAGAUCUGGGUCGGAGUUCUGUCGAAUUGCACUAUGGGAUUGUUUUGGGGGCACCAUUGUUUCUUUUAUUGGCUACUGACUAAGCUGCGUGGGAAACUGGGUCAGAAAUGAAGUGCAGUUCGACACAACACCAACCCAGUCACGCGCCACUUAAAAAUAGCCGAUGAUGUAAUACGUAGCCUGCGAAAACAUCCGUUUCUCCUCGCUCUUCGCCGCUGGGGAGCGACAGAAAUUCCAUACUGAUGACGCAAAUCAUUUUGUGUUUACAUAAUGAUACCGGUAGUCAUGGGGUUCAAAAUACAAAUUUGUCCAAUUUCACGUGUCUUCUGGUCGAUUCUGGUGAAGUGUUGUGUUCAUCUGCCAACGAGCUCUAGCAAAACUCAAACGCUUCUUCUAGAGGAGAGUAUAUUCCACAAAUAUUGACUGUUUUGCGAGAGAUUCUUCGCGUUUACAUUUGACCUUUGUGGCCUUUUGUCUGUCAUUCGUAAACAAUAGCUAAAACAAUGUAACUACUCCGUCGACCAAUCAGCGCUUCUGACCGGAUUCUGGACAGAUUUUGCGUCAUCAGUAUGGAAUUUCUGUCUUUGAGUCGCAGACGUUCCUCCGCGCGAAACGUCCCCAGCGGCUAAGAGCGAGGAGAAACGGAUGUUUUCGCAGGCUAUGUAAUACGUAGAGUGAUUUUACUUGAAUCGUGGAACAGAUACUAGAAAAUAGUGCAAAAUAACGAGAGGUAAACAAAAAAGGAUAAUAGAAUAGGUACAUAAUAGUGCGUAGUAUUCUACUGCCUGUUUCACGGUUCAAGUAAAAUCACUCUUAGCAACUUGUCACCAGGACAAUUAUAGUCAAGAAAAGAGAGAAAACGCACUACAAAGAUUUUAUGGCAUGCAAAGUUAUUUCGCUUGCCAGUAGGAUAUUAAAAAAAUUUUUUUUUUUGCUUUUUGUUUAUAGUUCAAUUCAGUAGCCCUUGAAGAGUUUAGCUUCUCUUUAUAGCAUACCUUAUUAUAGGAAAUUAACGCUCCAUGAAAUUAACGCGAAUCGUUAAAAUUCGCGUUAACUUAAGUCGCGUUAAUUUUGUUGAGCGUUAAUUUUUAAGUACAGCGUUAAUUUCCGCGCUCUUAAUUUCCAGUAUUUUGACCCCAAUUUUGAAACCUGUCCAGACAUUCAUGACACCCACCCGAGCUUUCUUUCUUUCCAUUUACCCUUUAUUUUUUAUCUUUCACCAAAGCUAAGGCGAAGGUUUACAAUAUUUCGACGGUUCAUCUUCCUCGUUGUCGCGGUCAGAAGUGAUGUCAAUAUCUUCUCUCGAUUUCGGCCAAGAUAGAUUUCGAAUCGUCAAUACCAACUGUGUCUUAAUCGCGUUCAUGAUUUCCUGUAUUAUGAAAUUCUACCUCCUAUUUCGCGUUAAUUUUCUUUAUUCGAAAGUCGUUUUCCAUUAAAUUCGCGUUAAUUUAAGUCGCGUUAAUUUCCAAUACCUUAAUUUCAUGGAGCGUUAUUUUCCUAUAAUAAGGUAUAUUUACGUUUCAAGUAGCGAUUCUUGAUUUGUUUGCGGUUUUUAAUAAAUUUGUGAGCCUACUCGCCUAUACUGAUAUCAAUUGAACUGAUUUUCUUUUUAUUCCCAGGGCUUUCUUCAAAAGGACAAAAAAUAUCCAGUUGCCCGAAUAUUUCCAUAUGGUGGGUACAAAAUUAAAGCAGCUGAACAACAAGAUGUGGACACCCUGAAGGAGGCUGAAAAAAUUGCACUAGAAAGCCUUCCAGACGAAACAAUGAAGGUCAAAAACAUGGACGAACUUCAAUUGUAUGUAAGACGAGCUUACUCAGCCAAACCUCUGAAAAUGCCAGUACUAUUGGUGACAGGUACAUCAAGUAUCUAUUCUUUCUUUAUUUUUGAUUAUUAGAUUAGAAUUAAAUUUCAAGUCUUUAACGAAAUUUUUCAAGGUCAAGCAACAACAUCUAUUUGUUGGAAAAAUAAAUAAAUGUUGCUUGCGGAAAAAUGAACUCGGCAGCUUCUUCGGAUAACUUGUUGCAAAUCGGAGCGUACUCAUCACUCGAUCACACAUACAGUGACCGAAGAUAUGAGUUACUAGCAACAACUAUAAUCCCGACUGUAAAAUCAGCGUUGCUUUUUUUGUUUUAACAAUUCUGCCCCCGGGGGGUACUCCCUAUGAUAGCCUUUACGCGGAGGCUCUGCCCGAAAGAGGUAUCUGUUUCACGCUUCAGGUAUAUGAAAGGGUAGGGAUUUCACUAGUAUAGCUGAGGUGUACGAAAGGGUAACAUAAUCAGCCAUGUCGUUGUGUAAAGGGCGAAAAAGGCUAAGAGAGCACAUUUUAUGGCUGUGAAAUAGUCGAAAAAACGUUCUGGUUAUGUGAUGAAUUUAUACAAGAGAGUCAUGCUAAAAAUGUAAAGUUCCAAAUUAGGUAUGUGAAAGGAGUACCAUUGUAAACCCAUGGCAAGAGAGAAUGAGCACAUGGUUAAUAGAAGGUAUAUAAAAGUAACGUUUCUGUCAAAAAUGGUAUAUAAGAAGGUAUUUAAGGGGUGCGGGUUGCACCUCAGGGCGGACCCCCCCCCCCACCCCCCCGCAUAUAAAACUUGUUUAAGUACUCCCGGGGUUCAGCCUUAAAGUAUUGAGUCAUAAGGAAUAAAAAAAACAAAAAACAGAAUCAUCAUGAAACUGAUAUUCUCUCAUCUUUCCUUCUUCCAGAAAAACGAGUUACUUCACCUCUCUUACGCGCUAUCACUCUGAGGUAUUCCAAGUUCUUUACUUUCGGCGUCAUGCGAAAGCCUAGUCAGGACAUACUGCGGAGCUUCCACAUAGAGAAACUACCAACAAUUCUGGUUAUGAUUGCUACCGAAAGUCCAGACAAAGCGCGGAUCACAUUCAGCUCUGUAUUUUAUGAUACGAAGCUUUAUGGCGGGAUCUCGUAUCUUAACUUGACGAAAUUUUUCUAUUCCGUACAUAAUAAGCAUUGGGGAGACCACCCCGACGCGAAGAAAUACAAAGGAAAAGUGGGGCUAAAGGAAUUUUACGUUGAAGACCUCAAAGAAAUUUUGGCAAAGGAUGAACAGAGAGAUGAUACUUUGGAUGAGAAACGAGAAGUUGAAGUUACAUACGAGAAUCAUAAACGAGUGUGUACUGACUCCGCACUAGGAUUGUGUUUGAUCUAUUUUUUGGAUGCUAAGGAAAAGAAAGAGGUUAAGAAAGCUAUGGGACUCUUCAAAGAACUGCAGAAAAUGCCGAGUCUUGAAGGUAACACGAAAUGCGACUUUAAAUUCCUCAAUUGUGGCCCAUGAUUUUGUUUCAAGUUGAUUUCCUUUGUUAUAAUAUAUGACAUGAGACAAAGAAUAAUAGAAUUUAAACCACACUAUUAACACCUUUAAGGGUCGGCCACUCCUCAGUGAAAAAUCCGUUAAGUCACCUUACAUAUAUGUGUACAACACGAGAAAAAGUUCAGUCUUACGCGCAGCUAAUUUUACACUGUAGUAACGUUGAAGAUCAUGUUCCAAAAGACUUCUAGAACAGUUUUCAGAGAUAUAUCGUCUUGCCUUUCGCACGACGACGUCAUUAUAUCACUACGACCAGAAUCCUUCGAUAUUUUGCGUUCUUGCACAAAUCAAGGCUUUUGAAAUUUAAACCUUGCUGGGAUUACCAAAUUUAAAAAUGAAAGGAAAGUUGAAAAGGAUUUUGGUCGUAGUAGUGAAAUGACGCCAGACUUCGUAAACGCUAAAAGCCAUGCAAGAGAGAAACCUCUGCUCGCAGGGUAUUGAAUUCCUAAAAUAAUCGGGUAAACGUUUGCUAUUGAGGAUAGGAUUGAAACUUGAAAAAAAAAAACGUUUUAAUGCUAUUCCUGCAAAAAUCGCCAAAAAAAAAAAUAAUAGUUAGUUCUCCUUGAUAAAAUGUGUUAUAUAGAUCUUCUUUAUAACUCUGCAGGAGCCUUUUGUGUAUGGGUAAAGGCACCAAAAACUGAAUUCAGCACAGACCUCGAGAUAGGGGGGUGGGGCGGUCAUCCAGACCCUUACAUAAGGGGGUGAGGGGGAGCCGGUGUCCAAAAAUUUGUUUUCGGUCUGGACUAAAAAUAGAGGGGAAGGGUCCGGGUCCCCAGGGCCCCUCCCCUGGAUCCGCCAGUAUCCUCGUGACAUAAUAGCCCCUUGUAUCCCAAAGAAAGGGGACCAGCUCUUUUAUAUGUUAUAGUUUGAUUUCAUCGACUAUUCUUCUCCUUUAGGAAAACCUCUUCAUUAUCUCUGGGUGAACGCCUCGUGCCAUCCUGAAUAUGGUGAAAUCUUUGGCAUCUUGGAAGACAACCUUCCAGCGUUGUUAUUUGCAAAACCAAAACAACGGCUGUUUAAAACAAUGCAUGGUGAUCUCACUAAAGAACGUGUUAGUGACGUUGUCUCAGAAAUUUUUCUGGGACGCGAGAAUUUAUCGCCUUUUUCUCGAUUUAAUGAAAUGCUGCCGGUUGAGUGUCAGGAAACAGCCACGUCAGAAGAAACGGAUAAAAAGAGAACAAAAGCCAGGGACAAGAAAGAGUAA